UAUUUUAUAACAGUAGCCUCUGAGGUUGUCGUGAGUGGUGCCUGAGGCAGUAUCAUCAAUCUCAUGGCCUUAAUGUCAUGCCUUGAGGCUAUAUUGUCAGAGUCGCAUGCCCCGACUUUGUUUUGGAAAAUGGAGUUUGAUAAACUGUUGGUUUGGAAAUUAUCAGUGUGCAGAAUUAUAGAUUCAAUAAACCACAAUCCCGUUUCUGAAAGAAGUUAUUGGAAUGCUAGAGUUUUUUUUCCCUUAAGGUGAUAAAGCACAGCACAUCGACAAUAUUUGAUGUUUGCGUAACUAGUUCAAAUUUGUUGUGUGUGAUGCUGCUGCUGCUGUAGCCUGGUCAACUAUCUUUUUUCUGAAGAAUUCAAUACCAGGAAUGCAAAGUAGUCAGUUGGACCCUAUAGCAAACAAAAUGGAAUCUUCACUUUCAGAAGCUCAACGAGGGGUUGUAGUUUCUUCCAAUGAGUCUUCAUUGCAUCAAUAUUUAGUACCUAAUAGGCAAAUGGAACUAAUGGGAUCAAUAGCUGGUGGAUCUCUAUCUCAGAGUGGAAUGGUAUCAUGCAUGCAAACCGGACAUAUUGAUGUUAAAGCUGGAAAUUUUGGACAGCAACAAUUUCAAUUACCUGGCAAUCCAUUUGGAGGUACUGGAAGCAUGCUGAGAACUGCAGAAGGGGUGCUGUCACUUCCUAUGAAGCGCAAGGCAUCGAUUGAGCCUUUUAAUCCUCUCUCACAGCAGUCUCCAUUGCACAAUAAGCGAGUUGCAUCUAUGGAACAUCGUCCAUGGUUGCAACAAACUUCUGGAAUAGCCAGAAGGCCUCCUUUACAAAUACCAAACAAUGCCCCAGCUCCUGUAUCAAUGCAUUCCCCUGCUGGUAUUAAGAGAAAGGUACAGCAAAUGGAAUCACAUCCAACUAAAGUUCGACAUCAACGUCCCACUGCUUCCAAAGGCCAGAGUGCUCCGUUGGCUCCAACUUCCAAAAUUCAAAAUGAGCCAACAGGAUCUGUGAGAUCAAAGAUGAGGGAGUCCUUGACUGCCGCAUUAGCCUUGGUUACACAGCAGCAAGAUAAGUUACCUAAUGACGAAAAAAGUUCUUUAACUGAGGCUGAAAAGUCUGCAGUUCCGGAGCAGGAAAAUUCUGUAUUUUCUGGUCCAGCUAUUGGUCAUGUAUCUGAUGACUCCAAGAAACUGUUCUCUGAAAACUUAGAUUCUGUUGGUCUUGAAGACAAUGUAGGAAAGAUGUUAGAUAAGAGUUCUCUAUGUGUAAAUGUUAGUGAGUUAGAGCCGUUGAGAUAUGAUGGACGGGUGUUUCAACAGAAUAAUGUUUUGUCGUAUGAAGACAUUUCUUUUGGGGAUAACUUUUUUAUUAAAGAUGAUCUUUUGCAAGAAAAUGGUCUCUCUUGGGUACUGGAGGCUGAUUUAGGGGUAACCGAUAAAAAGGAAAUGCGAACUGAUGAACUUCAGAAGAUGGACGUUGGCGUAGCAAAUAAAAACCAGGGAGAAAAACCAGUUCAGACGCCGGAGGCUUUGGCACUUAAAAUUGAAGAAGAACUAUUUAAAUUAUUUGGUGGUGUUAAUAAAAAGUACAAGGAAAAAGGAAGGUCCCUUUUGUUCAACCUGAAAGACAGAAACAAUCCCGAAUUGAGGGAAAGGGUU